AUGAAUUCCCUCGGAUUGAGUGCGCUCCUCUUUGCAGGCCAGGCAUUGGCUCUGAACAAUGGCGUUGGAAAACUACCCACCAUGGGCUAUGAUACCUAUAAUGCGUUUGAGAAAAACUACGAUGGCGCUUUGGCACUCGAGCAAGCCAGACUUAUGAAGGAGUACGGGCUUGUAGAUGCGGGUUAUAAUACAUUCAUCCUCGACGAUUUCUAUGCAUUGGAGAACCGCUCCGCGAAGGGCGAAAUGAUUCCCGAUCCUGCGAAAUUUCCAGACGGAAUGUUGAAAUGGAGUCAAAGCUUGAAUAAGUACGGUCUCUCAGCGAGCGCGUAUUCCUCGAACGGAUAUAAGACCUGUGGUGGUUUACCGGGAGCCUAUGGCCGCGAGCUGCAGGAUCUUGAGACGUGGCGGAGCUGGGGAUGGGGAGGCAAAGGUGCCAUUGUCAAGUAUGACAAUUGUUACAUCCCCUAUGAUAAUGUCACGAUGGAAAAUGAGUAUGGGCGAUAUGAACGUAUGCUCGACGCCAUCGAGACCCUCGCCAAGAAAUACAAACAUCCCAAUAAAUUCAUAUACUCCCUCUGCCAAUGGGGCUGGCAAGAUCCGCAUAACUGGGCGCCGCGCAUCUCUAACGCGUGGCGUAUAGACGGCGACAUUAGGCCAUACUGGUCUGCGAUAGCCAAUAUCCUCCUCCUGGCAUCGACGUCUUAUGGCGCAACGGACCACUACCAGCACGGCGAUAUGGAUAUGCUCGAGGUUGGAAACUCUGGUCGUGGUGCUCCUGUCGGCGACCUCACCGUUGCCGAGCAGCGCACGCACUUUACUGCCUGGGCACUCCUCAAAAGUCACCUCCUGAUCGGAACGGAUCUGCGCAACGCAACGAAGGACACCAUUGAGAUUCUUGGUAAUAAGGAACUCAUCGCCAUCAACCAGGACCCCAUUGAAGGGAAAGCUAUUGCGCCUUUCCGUAUUGGCCUCCAAUCGGAUUUCUCGCGCAUCACCUAUAACGAGACUUCCCCACCAGGAUUCUGGGCUGGAACAUCCUCGUAUGGCCCAGUAUUUAUGAUUAUCAACACCCUGAACGAGACGCAGGAGAUCUCGUUUGACCUGACGGAGAACUGGGCCGUACGAGCCGGACGACAGUACAAGGUGAGAGAUAUGUGGCUUCAUAAAGAUGUCGGCGUGGCCGUAAGGAACUGGACUGUAAAGCUGGGAGCUCACGAUGUUGCGGCCUUGUUACUGAAGGAUGCGGGCCCUGAGCCGAAGGAAACGGGGCCGCUACCAUGUGCGAGCCCGUUCUUGGAGUGGCAAUGCACAGCAGCGAAUGGAAGUUAUAUAUUGGACGGAACUCAUAUCAAAUGGGGAUUUUAA